AUUUCUAAUUUCAUAAUUUUUCCAACUCAAAAAUGUAAAGUUUCUCUGUAUCAAACGUUUGCCUCAGAACUCUGGGAAAAUGCUGUGAUAUUAUACGGAAUAAAAUCUCAAGGAAUAAUCAUUGAAGCGUGACCAGUCAGAAUAAUCUCAUCAUACAUUGAUUGAUAGUGCUGGUAUUCACACUUCUUCAUUUCACUACCUAAGUCGAGGACCAAGGAUUAUACUGCUAUAUAGGGAUUUACUGAAUGAGGCAUCAAUUCAUCAUUAGUAUUCCUGUGUUCUGUUCUACUAUUAAUGAAAAACCUGGAUUAUUAAAUAAUUGCAUACUAAUGCAAUCACCAAUCAAGGAAGUUUAAUUCUUUUUAAUAUUAAUUAACUCUGAUUCUUAAAGAAAUCAACAACUCUAUACAGAAGAUUUUCCACUUUAAACUUCAUCAUGACGGACGUUGAUGAAGCAAUCAAUAAUGAAAUGGGUUCGCUUUGCAAACGUUCUUAUUUACUUUUGUUGCUGGUUUAUUUAACUGUUGAUUACUGCCAUGCACCUCAGAUCAUGUUAGUCAUGUUUCUAGCUCCACCUGCGGAUGCAUUCGAUUAUAACCCACAUGCUUAUAAUGCUCAAACUAUAAUCACCGAAUGGCAUUUGACUGAAAAGGAAAUAAAUUGGAUACCUGGUCUCCUACAGUCAAUCUUUUUUCUCGGUUUUAUGGUCGGUACUGUUCUAUUUGGACAGUUAUCUGACAAGUAUGGCAGACGAAGCAUUGGUUGGAAGGUUUACACUAUUUUAAUGAUUGCUGCACUCUUAAUAGGAUUCACUCAGAAUUGGCAACAAAUGGCAGCGUGUAGAACUCUAAGCGGUCUUGGUAUCGGUGGACUAAGUGUUGUAAAUACGAUUAUGCUUCAAGAAAUGUCUGCGUCAAAAAUGUGGGUUACGAAUGGUAUUAUAGGUCAGAUAUCUUUCACUUUGUUUAUGUGUGUGUUUUUGAUAAUUACCUAUUAUAUACCUACAUGGAGGACUCUAUGUGUUGUGGCCGCAUUGCCUGGAUUACUAGGAUAUUUAUUUUAUAUUUUUACACCUGAGUCCCCAAGAUGGUUGCUCUCUCUAGGACGGGUGGAUGAAGCCGAAGCAGUAAUUCAAAAAUUUUCGAAGCGAAAUGGGAAUCAACAUUCAUAUUACAAAUUAGUAACUGGGGAUGGAGACAUAGAUGAGCCGUACUCUGAUUCACAACAUCGUUCCUUGGCUCCAUUAGAAGUGAAAAAUUCGAUAUUAGAUUUGGUGAAACAACCUGUAUUGCGUUACCGAACUGCAAUACUAAGUUUUGUGUGGUUCACGACAAGUUUUGUGUUUUAUUGUAUCACACUUGGAGCAGGAUCAUUCAGUCCAAACUUUUAUCUUGCGUUUGGUAUGUCUGCUAUUAGUCAGCUUCCAUCUGUGCCAAUUUGUCUAUACUUUAUGGAGCGGAAAUGGUGUGGUAGACGCGGAACUUUAUGCUUAUUAAUGUCCAUGACUUCACUUAGUAUGUUUAUCAUGUAUAUAGUUCCAAACACGGAUGCAAACUCACACUUUCGUUUGAUUUUAUCAAUGGUUGCGAAAGUUGGGUCUUCGGGAUGUUUUACAUUAAUAUACGUUUAUACACCGGAACUUUUUCCUACUGUUGUUCGGAAUGUCGGUCUUGGUAGCAUGUCUACAGUAGCCAGAAUCGGGAGUAUGACGGCCCCUUUCCUUGCUACAUAUACAGUGAAUUCAAAUUCCGCAACUCCGUUUCUCUGUUAUGGAAUUUUAUGUGGAAUUUCUGCAGUUUUAGCUCUACUUCUUCCAGAAACUUGUGGAAAGAAAAUUGUUAACACAAUUGAUGAGGCUUACACACAUGAAGAAGAAGAUGGAGAAAUUACAAGUUAAUUUAAUGAUGCUGUGGGAUAAGUGAAGCGUGACUCGACAGAAUAAUCAUAUCAUGAAAAUAGUUUGACGAUCCCGUAUCAGGUUACACUUCAUUGUCUUUUUUUCGUUAAUAUCAGACUGAAUAUUAUCAAAGAAGCAUCUGCUAGCUAAACAUUUUCAAUGGACAUCUUCCUACCUCAAUUUUAGCUAAAUUCACCUAGUAAAAAAAGGUAGUACUUUUCUUAAAAAAUUAAUUUUUUGCCUUAUUAUAGUUGAAAAGUUGUUUUUGUGUUUUCUUUAUUAUUUUAUCUGUGUCUGAUAUUAUGUACCGAUACACAUUUAUUAUCUUAGCAAUAUUUAAGAAGGAAGUAUUGAAUAUAGAAGUUUUCGUAUUUUAUAUGUUGCUUUUUGCAAUCUCGUGAGCUCGUUCGACCAAUUAUUGCCUUUUUUAUGAAAUUUCAGAGCUGAUUCAUAAAAGGUUUUCCGAAGUGAGCCAAGAUCUCUAAGAAUUGAGCUGGAAUUUAGACUUAGGUCUUGGAAUCAAAAUCCUACCUACUUGCAAGUUGUCCAUGAGGCAUUUUUGCACUGGACAAGGCCGUGUACAAUCGGAUUGAUAUCCACUGAUACAUAAGUAGUCGCUAAUUUUAUAAUAAAGGGAAUUAUUUAGGUUUAUUACUGUAUAUUCUCUCAUAUAAUCUGACCCUACAAAUAGUAACAUGCCGUACGCACCCAUCACGGCAAAUGGUUGCGGAAGAUGUUUGGUGUGAUCAGAGUUGGGCCAAAUUUUUAGUGAAAUAAGAGUUGUGGCAAAAGGCUUCAACUGAAAUUUUCAAUGAAAAAUUUUGUUACCACUUACCAUAAUGAUGAAUAUAGUAAUAAAAUUAAAUUUUCUGAAUAUUCUAGGAAACAAAGCUUCAUUAAACUUUAUUUUGUGAAGUGGCGACACAAAAUUUGUAUUUUCAGUGCAAUACUAUAGCCUACUGCCAAAAGUGAUGAACAAUCUUUCGAAAUGUAAACCGUUAUUUCUUAACUUCGUUAUUUUUAAGAAUACACAUCUUUUGAUUACAACCUCUAUUACUUUUUCAAAUCAUUUGAUUUAAAUUUCCAAUUUCCCUUUUAUUUUGACAUAUGUUUGUUUUAUAUUCAUAUUAUUGCUAGUUUUUGUGUGUGUACUUGCUGGGUAUAACAACUGUGACACUAAGUCCUAGUACGAAUAAUUCGUAGUAAAUAUAUUUCAACAAAUUUUAUGUUAGAAUUUGUGUUAACUUUUUAUGUAGAACUGUUUCAAGUAAAUUCAUGACCCAAAACCUGAAAGCAGAUGAAAGAUUAUAUGCAACAUCUGAUGCACUAAUAUUUUAGAAUUCAAUUAUUCCUUGGCUACUCUAUCUAAGAACUGGAGUCUUAUCUAUCUGGUCCACUACAUAUUAUCUAUCAAGGAAUUUCCUUUUACAUUGAAAUUGCAGAGGUGGAAUUUCCCUAAUGUAAGAUGUCUGUUUUCUCAUGCUUGAAUUUUGUCUGAUGCUCUAGUUUUAUUUCUGACAUAUUGGUAUUUGUUUCAUAGCAUAAUAUUUUAUUAUUCAAGUUUCUAUUAGUUUAGCUCUGGGCAUGUUUACAGGAAUAAGAUUAAUGGAAUUUGUGUUAUAAGUUAUUGCUAUGUAUUUUGCACUUUUUUUGUUCUAUUCUGAGAGUGAGAUCAUCUUAGAAAAAAAUAUUUUAUGAAUAUUAUUGACCUUUAAUUAUAUAGCCUAUUAUAUAUUAUUAUAUUCUGUGUUGUCCAUGUUCUAUCUUUCAAACUUGCCUUAAUCAAGUGUUGCACAGUCAUAAACAACUAAAUUGACCAAUUUUUGUUGUACUUUCGAAUAUUGAUUUCAUAUUGAAAAUGGUUUAAGUGCAUGUCUUAUUCAUUGGUGUUUUUACUAUUUUACUCUGUCAAAGUGCUUUUUUUUGGUAUUCGCACGUUCUUUGGACAAAUGACAUUAGUAGGAGUUUUGAAUAAGUUGACCAUUUAAAUAUUCUGUUGUUUAAAUGUAAUACAGAUUUCAUUCUUGACUAAAGUAUAUACCCAAGUUACAGAGAUUUAUGAUGUUUUUAUAUUUAUUAAAGUGAUUUUUUAAAGUUUAUUGAUUUUAAAUAGAAGUUUAGAUCAUGUUAAUGAGCUAAAUUUUCUGUAGUUUGGGAUAUUGGUUUCUUUUUUGAAAUAAAAAGCACAUACUUUCCUGUUAUAAUUAAUAUUUGAUUAAAUGCCUUAUUAUUAUUCCACUCAUUUUUAAGUCACAUGAGUAGAAGUUAAUAAGGAAAACUUCUUGUAGUUGAAGCUAAAAGUUUUCUUUUUGCGUAAAGCAUACACCCAGGUUAUUAGGAUUUUUCUUGUUUCAUAUUAUAUGGCAUAGAAAAUCACUUGAAAUGAAUUCUUUUAUCGAGUAUUUUAUCCAGUUUGCUGGACUCGGCUGUUGUUUUCAAGUAAAACAUUGUCAUUAUUGUGACAUUUUUAUUUUAGUUCAUUGCUUUUAUUUCUGAAAUGUGUCUGUAGAAGCAUUCGAAACGCUAGCAAUAUUUAUAUUCUUUGCUUCUUGCCAUUAGUGCAUAUGCUUACAAAUGUUAUAGUAAAUACAUUAAUAAUUACAAUUUGGUUUAUAGUUUAUUUUUCAAUUCAAGUACACAAAUUUUGAUUCAUUCUAUCAAGUGUUGGAAUUUGUGAGAUAUAACCCCCUAUUACAGCUCCAACACAUAUUUUGCUUAUGGGUUAUGGAGAUGGCAUAUAUUAUAUGAACAUUUUUUAAUUGCAUAUUGCACUUUUGGUUAUCUUACUGUGCUUUCUACCAUCAUUUCAAAUUUGCUUUUGAAAUUUGUUAAAAUGUUGACAUUAAUUUUUAAAGGUAGGGUAAAAUAUUGGAGACCAAAUUCUGUUUAAUCAUUGGAAUUUUCAUAAAUCGUUGAAUUUGAUCUGGCAGCAGUAUUGAAAAUUUUUUUCUACAUUGUUUUUUUUCUUCACAUAUAUGGCAUAACUAUCUCUCUUUUCUCUCUCCCUUUAGUUAGUGAAUAAAGGUACUGUAGCAAGAAUCAAGUUGGUUAUAUUUAGUGGUACAAAUAGAUGAAUAACACUUUCACAAAUUUUAUUAUGUAACUUAGACUUUGCAGUUUUGAAAAAGUAAGACAUUUGGACCCUUAAUUAUUCUUUUUUGAAUUUUCACUUACCGUAAGUCUGUUCAGAGAAGAAUCCUUCAAUUUAACAGUACUGAACUAAUAUGGACGGCCACUUACACCAACCUAUGCUUUACUAUAUUAUACUUAUACAAUUGUGCCUUUUUAAUACAAGUUAGUAUAGUACUUAUACAAUAUACGUUGUUACAGCUGUGUUUAAUUUUAAAAUGUCAUACUUUAAUUAUUGUGAGGUGUAUUAUCAUAUAUUACAUAAAUAUUGUAUUUUCCAGCAGUAAGCAAACUUUUUGGCAUGAUUUUCUGGGGUCAACCCUUAUUGGGCGGUUCCCCUUUUUUGUUUUUUCCAGUGGUCAUCUUAUUAGUAUUGGACUAAAAAUAUCAGAAAAGGAGGUCAAUAAUGUGCUUUCACCGCAAAUUUUUCUGGGUUGGCAUUUCAUCCGGAAAAUACUGUAUUCCCUAUUAUACUAUAGAGAUAACACAAUUUACCUUGUCAGCCCACAUUUAAUAUUACACAGAUUGUCUUUAAAAAAACACGCUCUUUUUAAUAUAUGGUGUAUUGCAUUAUUUUUUAGA